ACUGUGUGAGAAAAUACUGAAUCAUUCUCUUUCAUUCAUACUUAACAUUCUUGGAAAGAUUUGAAAUAAAUCUAAUUCUCAUGGCAUAUUUAGAGCACUUGAAACAAUCCCUUUGUCCCUACUGAUGUAUCUAUCCAUGCUCUCAUGUAUGUUUACUGUUCUUUAUUGAUAACCUUCCUCCUGAUUCCAUUAUGCUACCUCCUCGUGUGAGUAGUAGUUGUACGCUGUGUGUGCCUAAGGUGUUAUGUCUGGUUCAGAGAGGAUUAGUGAACCCUAGAAGCUUAGUCCGUUACCAGGCCUCCUGCAGUAGUGGAAGAGAUCAUUCCCUCAAAUCCCAACCAGCGAGGAGUGUAAACACCACCAUAAGUCACUUCAGUAACCAAGCGUUGUUGCCCUUUCACUUGAAGGCAAGGAUUUUUUUUAAGCAUUUCUAACAGUUUGGACCAUAUUCUCAGGGCAGAAUCUGACACCGUUGAGCGGAAUUGUGAGAAGGCAACACCAGGAGGCAUGCACUGGGAUGGCAAGCUGACAAGGGUGCAUUCACUGCUACAGUGACUUUAAGGUGGAUCAACGUCAUGAAGCUGGCUACUCUGAUGUUUUUGCUCCUGGGCUCCUCCAAUGGGGUGGUCAGCCAGGAUUCAUUUCCAGAGACCGAGGAGGCCGAAGAAGGCAGCGGUAUGGAGCCAGAGACGAAGGUGGUUGCCGACACCUACUGGUCAGGCACGGCCCCAGUGUGCAUGGGGAUGUGUAAGGGGAGGCAUCGCGAGCUCAAGAAGGACCCCUGUGGCAACUCUGACUGCUGCUGGGUUGGAUAUAAAACCUUGUGUCGAGUGAACUGUGGGAGGCCUGACGUGGACGUGAAUGGAUUUGUGUACGGUAACGACUGGUGGGUGGACUCGGUGGUGCGCUACGUGUGCCGGCCCGGCUUCAUCCUCAUUGGUGGGCCUACCAGGACAUGUCAGUCCAACGGGAAGUGGACGGCCAAACCCUCCUGCCUCAGGGUGUGCAAGCAGGGCCGGGUGGAGCUGAGCGAGCGGGAGCUGGACGGGAGCUGCACCUCCUCCUGCACCACCAAGUCCUAUGAGGGCGAAGCCAAGCUUGGCUGCAGGCGUAUCGCCAACUGCCAGAAGGUGGAGUCCGGCUGGAAGCAGUGGUUCACCCGCUGCGACACGUGCCGCUGCGACUGCCUAGUGGCCUGUGCAACUGUGGAAAGAGCCCGAACUACUGGACGAACAACUCUCAACUAAAAAUGGACACAGACUGUUUUGAAUGAAUCAUUUUAUUUGCCAUGAAGUACCGUGACUUUCUUUCAUCAUAUCAGAUGGAUUACGAAAGACUCUGGACUUUAAAAAAAUCACUGUCAGUGGGAUAAGUUAAGAGGACUUUGCAGAUGCCAAAAAUAUCUGAGGUAACAUGAGCUGACUGAAUGAGCCCUAAAUGGAAUGAAGCCAACUUUUUUAUUUCCUGAAAAUAAAACCAAUUUCCAACUUUGUAAUUCUCUCUUCGCCCCACCAUGUAGCAGUUGCAGAGCCAGUGAUCCCUUUGAGAGAUUGGGUGUUCACAAGUUGUGUGGCGUUUCUGUGUAGAUUAAAGACAGCUAAGCUGAAAGUAUAAGCUUAUUACAUCUCCU